AUGGCGGGUGUGGCGGAGGCAGCGACCUCCGGGGGCCACCUGAAUGGCGACUUGGACCCGGACGACAGGGAGGAGGGCGCUGCCUCUAUGAAUGAGGAGGCAACGAAGAAAAAAAGACGGAAGAAGAAGAAGAGUAAAGGGUCAGCUGCAGGACAAGAAACUGAUAAAGAAUCAGGAGCCUCAGUUGAUGAGGUAGCAAGACAAUUGGAAAGACAAGCACUAGAAGAGAAAGAAAGAGAUGAUGAUGAUGAAGAUGGAGAUGGUGAUGGAGAUGGAGCAACUGGCAAGAAAAAGAAAAAGAAGAAGAAGAAGAAAGGACCAAAAGUUCAAACAGAUCCUCCCUCAGUUCCAAUAUGUGACCUGUUUCCUAACGGUGUGUUUCCCAAAGGACAAGAGUGCGAGUACCCACCUACACAAGAUGGGCGAACAGCUGCUUGGAGAACGACAAGUGAAGAAAAGAAAGCAUUAGAUCAAGCCAGUGAAGAGAUUUGGAAUGAUUUUCGAGAAGCUGCAGAAGCACAUCGACAAGUUAGAAAAUAUGUUAUGAGCUGGAUCAAGCCUGGGAUGACAAUGAUAGAAAUAUGUGAAAAGUUGGAAGACUGUUCACGCAAACUAAUCAAAGAGAAUGGCUUGAACGCAGGUCUGGCGUUUCCUACUGGGUGUUCUCUCAAUAACUGUGCGGCCCACUAUACUCCCAAUGCCGGUGACACAACAGUGUUACAGUAUGAUGACAUCUGUAAGAUAGACUUUGGAACACAUAUAAGUGGUAGGAUUAUUGAUUGUGCUUUUACAGUCACUUUUAACCCCAAAUAUGAUACAUUAUUAAAAGCUGUAAAAGAUGCCACUAAUACUGGAAUAAAGUGUGCUGGAAUUGAUGUUCGUCUGUGUGACGUUGGUGAGGCUAUACAAGAAGUUAUGGAAUCCUAUGAAGUUGAAAUAGAUGGGAAGACAUAUCAAGUGAAACCAAUCCGUAAUCUAAAUGGACAUUCAAUCGGGCCAUAUAGAAUACAUGCGGGGAAAACAGUGCCCAUUGUGAAAGGAGGGGAGGCAACAAGAAUGGAGGAAGGAGAAGUGUAUGCCAUUGAAACCUUUGGUAGCACAGGAAAAGGUGUGGUUCAUGAUGAUAUGGAAUGCUCCCAUUACAUGAAAAAUUUUGAUGUUGGACAUGUGCCAAUAAGGCUCCCAAGAACAAAACACUUGCUGAAUGUCAUUAAUGAAAACUUUGGCACCCUCGCUUUCUGCCGCAGAUGGCUGGAUCGCUUGGGAGAAAGUAAAUACUUGAUGGCUCUGAAGAAUCUGUGUGACUUGGGCAUCGUAGAUCCUUAUCCACCAUUAUGUGACAUUAAAGGAUCAUAUACAGCGCAAUUUGAACAUACCAUAUUGUUGCGUCCAACAUGUAAAGAAGUGGUCAGCAGAGGAGAUGAUUAUUAA